CUGUUACUCAGUAGGUUUGCGAAAAAUUGACGUCGGUCCUCUAGUUCAAUCUAUUUGAAGUACUGGUAAGUACAAGGUCGAAUGAAGAACUCUCAUGGUUGCCUCCAAGGCGGCACAAAAGCUGUCCAGUAUCGCUUCAUCAUGGCCCGUUGAUCCAUUUCGUCCGAAUAUCCAACUCAAGAACUUCUUGAUACACCUCUCUGCGCAUCCGAAACUAACCUCCGAGGCUGUCCAAGCAACGCAGCUACUACGGGACAACGCCAUACAGAAGAAGUACGCACUGUCAGCGAAAACACUUCAGCCGGCUUCUAUGCCAAGACACUACGAACGGCUUGUGGAAGGAUACCGAAAGAAGUGCAAGAGGUGCCGGGAGACCUUGGUGGAAGGUCUUUUUUGGAGUAUGGAAAUAACCAUGAAAUAUCAAACCUUUCUGUGACUUUCAUUUUCGCUGAACUACUCGCCCUGCUGUUCGGCACUUGGUGGAGCGGAAGCCUUGUCAUUCACUAGAAGCUCAGAGUGUGUAU